CAUUUCAUUCUUCUCUCCCUCCCCCUCUCUCUUGCAAUUUGGCCUUUUAUCUAAUUUCACAUUAUUAUUGCAAAUUGGAAGCAAAAAAAUUGAAAAAAAAAGGGGAAAAACCAUAACCCCACUUCUCCAUCUCUGGUUUUCUCCCGACCAGACUAGUCCCAUCUCUCUCCCAAUCUCUCCCCUUAUGUGAUCUUAUUAUUAUACACCUCUCUCUCUCUCUCUCUCUCUCUUCCUCUCUCAAAAAAAUUUUAAACAGAAAAAAAAUGAAAUAUUUUCUUCUGUCUCCAAGCCAAUUUUUCGCAUUUAUGAGUUCUUGAUCUACAAGAUCUUGAGCUUAUUCUUUGUUCCAAAGCUUGCCUUCUUUAUGUUCAAGAAUCUCCCCCGGCCUUCUGAGAGAUAGCUCCGGCGAUCAUCUGCGUACUGCACCUCAGGAUUAAAGAAUGUCUCUGGAGAUGGCUUCGGAGCGAGUCUGUUACGUCCAGUGCAACUUCUGCAACACCAUCUUAGCGCUCAGUUGGUCAUGGGGAGCUUGGAAUUAUACUAUAUUGAUGUCCGGAGCUUCUCAGGUAAGUGUACCAUGCAGCAGCAUGUACACUGUAGUGACGGUGAGGUGCGGGCAUUGCGCCAAUCUCCUCACGGUUAACAUGGCGGGAGCCUCCCUUCAGCCCCUUCCUCUUCAGGAGCUCCAAAAACAACAGCACCUAAUCGGGCCGGAGGAACUGAUGAAGGGAAGUGGACCGUCUUCUUCGAAAUGCAACACCAACAAUAAUACUCACAAUAAGUGCACUUCUUCGCUCGAAUCUGCUCCUCAUCAUCAGCAGCAGCAAGACCAACCUCCUCCUCCUAGGAUCCCUCCUAUCCGCCCUCCUGAAAAAAGGCAACGAGUUCCGUCGGCAUACAACAGGUUCAUAAAAGAGGAAAUUCAACGAAUUAAAGCCAGUAAUCCCGAUAUCAGCCACAGAGAAGCAUUUAGCACGGCUGCGAAAAAUUGGGCACAUUUUCCACACAUUCACUUUGGGCUAAAGCUGGAGGGAAACAUGAACAAGCAAAGCAAGUUAGACCAUCACAGCUCCAUUAAUGGAGGUGAUCAUCACCUUCACCCCAAGACCUCCCAUGGCUUCUAUUAGUUGAAGAAGAAGAAGAAGAAGAGAAGAACAGCAAGAAGAAGAAGAAGCAGCUCUGCCCUUUUUUAAAAAAAAUGUUAUAUAUAUAGAUAUUAAUAAUAUAUAUAUAUAUAUAUAUGACUGCUACAAGAAAUUGAGGUAUGAUUGGACAAUAAUAUAUGCAUAUUCUUCUCCAAUGGGAAAACACUUGAGAAGGCAUAUGUAUAAUAUAUCCCUUCAAACCUCAAGAGUGAUAAGUCCUUCCAUUUUAUUUCUUGUGUUGACCUUUACGUUUGUUUGUCAGAGGUUUGAUCCCUCCACCCCCAAAACCACGGUCGUGAAUUAAUCAAUAAAAUGUCAAUUAGAUUCUUGUGUAAA